CUAACGUCAUGACGUACGGAGAAGGCGGAGCAGAUGAUUUGAAAGUGGCGGGCGGACUCCUGAAUGUAACUUACCAUACGAGAUUGGCGAGGAUCAUCAGCAUAUAAACAAACAAUACUUUAGCUAACUUUUACGCUACUCUGCUAAAUUAAAACGGAUUUAUGUAGACACUUGUUUCGUUAAGCGGCGAGUGCGUGUCAAGGAAAAGGAAACGUGAAGCUUACUCUAAUUUUGAUUUCUCUUUGGGAGUUGAUCAAAGUGCAAAGCGGAAAAGGAACCCCAGCAUGUCCAAGGACGAGGAUAAGGGCAUAGCUGUUCGCGUUGCCCUGCGGUGCCGACCCUUGGUGCCCAAGGAGGUGAACGAAGGCUGUCAGCCGUGCCUCACGUUUGUCCCCGGAGAGCCACAGGUGGUUGUUGGCAAUGAUAAGGCGUUCACGUAUGACUAUGUUUUUGACCCAAUGGCUGAGCAAGAGGAGGUCUACACCACGUCCGUCUCGCCCCUGCUGUCAGGACUGUUCAGAGGCUACCAUGCCACGGUGCUGGCAUACGGGCAGACCGGCUCGGGGAAAACCUUCUCCAUGGGCGGCACGUACACCUCUGCCCAGGAGAACGAGCCCACGGUGGGGGUCAUUCCCAGGGUCAUCAGGAGGAUCUUCCAGGAGAGGGAGAAGAGGGCGAGCAGCGAGGUCACUCUCACCGUGUCUUACCUGGAGAUAUACAACGAGGAUAUUCUGGAUCUGCUCUGUGGAUCCAAGGACAAGCCGGCCAUCAGCAUUCGGGAAGAUCCCAAGGAAGGCAUAAAGAUCGUGGGGCUGAUGGAGAAGGUGGUGCAGAGCGCGCAGGAGAUGGUGGGGUGUCUGGAGAUGGGGAACGGCUCGCGCACCGUGGGCUCCACCGCCAUGAACGCGGCCUCGUCCCGCUCCCACGCCAUCUUCACCAUCACCCUGGAGCAGCGCGCCAGCCCGGACCGAGCCGACUCCAUGGUCUCCAAACUGCACUUGGUGGAUCUGGCCGGAUCUGAGAGACAGAAAAAAACCAAGGCAGAGGGCGAACGACUAAAAGAGGGGAUCAGCAUUAACCGCGGGCUGCUGGCCCUGGGCAACGUGAUCAGCGCCCUGGGGGACGAGAGCAAGAAGGGAACCUUCGUCCCGUACAGAGACUCCAAACUCACCCGUCUCCUGCAGGAUGCUCUGGGGGGCAACAGCCACACCCUGAUGAUCGCGUGCAUCAGCCCUGCGGACUCCAACAUCGAGGAGACCAUCAACACCCUGCGCUACGCCGACCGCGCCCGCAAGAUCAAGAACAAGCCCGUCAUCAACGUGGACCCCCGCUCCGCAGAGAUGAAGCGCCUCAAGCAGCAGGUCCAGGAGCUGCAGGUGAUGCUGCUGCAUGCCAGAGGAGGAGUGGCCCCAGUGCUUUCUGGGUCGGAACCCGCGGAGAACGUGUCCAAGGUUCUGGAGAAGAACCGCAGCCUGCAGGAGGAGAACAGCAAGCUGAGCCGCGAGCUGAGCGAGGUCGUGGGCCAGACCGCCCUGAUGCUGGAGAGGAUAGUCAUGACAGAGCAAGCCAAUGAGAAGCUCCAGAGUAAGAUCGAGGAGCUGAAGGAGCAUGCGGCCUGUAAGCUGGACCUGCAGCGGCUGGUGGAGACGCUGGAGGAUCAGGAGCUGAAGGAGAACGUGGAGGUGAUCCGCAACCUCCAGGACAUCAUCAAUCACCUGCAGGAUGAGAGCGUGGGGAUCGAGGCGUCCAUCGAGGCUCUGUCCUCUCAGUCGGGCGAAGGGGCGGAGCUAGAGGAGGCGGGGCGUGGCAGCCCAGCGGGGGACGGGGCGUCGGGCGCCGGCGCUGAGAAGUCCUCCCCCGAGGCCUACAGUACCCAGCAUGCCCUGCGGCAGGCGCAGAUGUCCAAGGAGCUGAUCGAGCUGAACAAGAUGCUGGUGCUGAAGCAGGCCUUCGUCAGGAAGAUCAGCCAGAGCGAGAGCCACCUGGAGCCCAUGCAGUCUGAGCACCAGGAGAACAUGAAGGACCUGCUUUCGGCCGUCUCGUCUCUGCAGAAGGAGAAAGAGGACCUCAUCCAGUCUCUCCAGUCUGCCAAGAAGGACAGCAACCAGGCCAAGCUGAGCGAGCAGCGCAGGAAAAGGCUGCAGGAGCUGGAGGGCCGGAUCUCUGAGCUGAAGAAGCAGCUGCAGGAGCAGUCCAAGCUGCUCAAGCUCAAAGAGGCGUCCGUGCGCAACGUGUCCAAACUCAACCAGGAGAUCCAGGCGAUGAAGUCCCAGCGGGUGCAGUUGAUGAGGCAGAUGAAGGAGGACUCUGAGAAGUUCCGCCAGUGGAAGCAGAAAAAGGACAAAGAGGUUAUGCAGCUCAAAGAGAAGGACCGUAAGCGGCAGUAUGAGAUGCUGAAGCUGGAGCGGGACUUCCACAAACAGGCCAGCGUCCUGCGGCGCAAGACCGAGGAGGCUGCAGCGGCGAACAAGCGGCUGAAGGACGCUCUGACGAAGCGGAACGAGGCGGCGGAGAAACGCAAGGACACGCAGAGCCGCGGGAUGGAGGGGGCCGCCAGCAGGGUGAAGCACUGGCUGACUAACGAGGUGGAGGUGCUGGUCAGUACGGAGGAGGCCCGGAGGCACCUGCGGGACCUGCUGGAGGACCGCAAGAUGCUGGCCGAGGACAUCUCCCAGCUCAAGGACCGGAUCGAGGCGGGGGAGCGGUCCUCCGCUAAAAUCCGGAGGCGCACGUUCAUGAUCUCGGAGCUGGAGAAUCAGGGUGAGCUGGAGGCGUCUCUGGGGAAGCAGGUGGAGAACCUGGAGACUGAGAUGGGCCUGAGGAGCGCGCAGAUCGCCGACCUGCAGCAGAAGGUUCUGGACGCGGACAACGACGGCCGCAUGAAGCAGCGCUGGGACUCCGUGUCCACCAUCGUGGAGGCCAAGUGCGCCCUCAAGUUCCUCAUGUCCGAGCUGGUUUCGGCGAAGGUGUCGAACGCCAAGCUGGAGAGCGAGCUGAACCAGGAGAAGGCCAACUUCUGCGACCAGCAGCGCAUGCUGUGUGAGGAGAGGAAGCUGAUGUCGGACGUGGACAUGGAGCACCAGCAAGCCCUCGUCGAGCUCGAGCAGAGGCACCAGGAGAAGGUGCUGUACCUGCUGAGCCAGCUGCAGAGCAAGCCGGCCAAGACGGAGGAGGAGGAGCAGGACGAGCCCACGUCCAAACGGGAGCGUGAGCUUCUGCAGCGGCUGCAGUUCCAGGAGGAUGAGAUUGCGAAGAUGCAGGAUCUGAGUGGGCAGAACCAGCGGCUCCUGGAGGAGAACGAGCAGUGCAAGCAGAAGCUGACGCUGCUUCAGGUGGCCAGCGCAAAGAAGAUGUCUGUUCUGGUGCCGACUGCCAGCCAGUCUCCCGACACCUCCUUCGAAUACGUCCCCCCAAAGCCUCAGGUCCGGAGGUUCACCACCGCCCGCGCCCGGCAGCACAACGCCACCAUCGACAUCGACGACCUGGCCUCGCCCUCAGAGUCGGAGGAGGAGGACAAGGCGGACGUGUGGGUCCCCGAGAAACACAAGGGCCGGAAAAACCCCCGGAAGAACGGCCGAGUGACCGGGUGCGCCUGUAAGGGGCGCUGCAGCAACAAGAUGUGCCGUUGCCGCAAGGGGAAGAUGACCUGCGGGGAGAACUGCCUGUGUGACCACGAGAAGUGCCGCAACCUGGAGAUCCCCGUGGCGACCCUGGACGCGUGCGAGAUGGAGGACGCGUCGAGGGAUUCGGUCUUCACGCCGCCCGACCCCACGGCCCUGAGCGUGGCCGACUCCACCUUCUUCAAACCCCCCUGCGUCACUCCCACCAUGAAGGUGCUCAUGAUCGGGGACAUGGCGCAGCUCCCUGCCGAUCUGAAGCUGGAGAGGAAGCCGGCCGCCAUGGAGGAGGACGCGGAGGAGAGCGCGGGCGACACCACCAGCUUCCUGAAGAAGAAGAAGCGCAUCCUGACCAACAGCCAGAACAGCUUCUUCUCUGGGUGCACGCCCAUUCGGGAGGAGUCCUGAGGUGAAGCCCCGCCCCCUCCUGUCCCGGCAGCCUCUCCCCCAGCCAUUGGCUCUGUUCCCUGUCAGUCUUUCUUUAGAGGAUGUCAUGCGUCUGUCUUUUUUUUGUGUUUUAAUUAAUGAAUAAAACAUAGCUCUAUCAAUUUUAAAUGUAGGCCUUUUGUUGUUUGUUUGUGAAUGACACUAGGAACUAUUAUGGACUCUGGACUUUGCAAAUUAUGUUUUUUUUUUUUUUCUUCUUUUUAUUUCACAUUAAAAGCCAUUAUGAGGACUAAGGCACACUAUAGGGUAGUCUGUAAAUAGCGUGUUCUGUAAACUAACCUUUUAAAUCGCUGACUGAAUUUCGGUUGAUCAGACCCAGCCUUUUUUAUGAAGCACAUACUCAUGUCCAUCCAAAAAUUAAAA